AUGAUUUCAAUCGAAGACUCUGACAGAAUAGCGACAACGGCGGCAGAUUAUCACAUCUCUGCUCGCGGCGCUGAAGGAUUGCUUUUACGCGAUGUUUGGGGCCCCCGAGAGAAGUCCAUGGGCAACCCGUGGAGUCCAGAAAACCCCAAUGGGACGCAAGUAGCCAUGCAUCACAUUCCUUUCGUCAAGACUUACACUACUUACACUGGACCACGAGGAUCGCACCGCCUACGCCUUGCAGCCGCGAACUUCCUAACAGACGAAUUCAAGCCCCGAAGAUCUCUUGGUAUUGACAACAUUCUCAUCACCCCAGGCCUGGCUAGUGCUAUUGAUGCACUGGCUUGGACUUUCUGCGAUGAAGGAGAUGCUAUAUUGAUUCCACAGCCAUUGUAUAACGGAUUUAUAGUCGACGCCUUGAACCGUAGUAACGUUCAGGUGAUUGGUGUUUCCUACACUGGAGUUGAAGGAUACACGACCCUUGACGAUUUGUUCGACCCUGAAGUCAACAGGAAAGCCAUAGCUAAGGCGCUUGACAGAGCCAAAAUCAACGGUAUCAAAGUCAAGGCUUUAAUAAUUUCCAACCCCCACAACCCUCUAGGAAGAUGCUACCCACCCGAGACUUUGAAAGUCUUUGCCCGGGCAUGUGGCAAGAACGACCUACACUUCAUCUCUGAUGAGAUCUAUGCCAAGUCAACAUUUCCAAAUCCGGCCAUUCGCGACGCUGUCCCUUUCCUAUCAACACUCUCUCUUGAUUUUAGCGGAAUUCUCGACUCAACUCGCCACCAUAUCCUCUACGGCGCUAGCAAGGACUUCUGCGCCAAUGGCUUACGUCUUGGACUUGUAUGUACCAGGAACGAGGGGGUUAUGGGAGCGCUAUCUAGUAUCAGUAUCUUCUCGUGGUCACCGCACCUCAUCCAGGAUGUGUGGGCUGCUAUGAUGGAAAACAAAUCCUGGCUCGCUGCGUUUACGGCGGAGAAAGCAGAGCGCAUGGUCGUCAACCACCGUAUCACAACCUCAUUUUUGCGCGAGCAUGAUAUUCGGUACUUCGACACAAAUGCUGGACUCUUUAUUUGGGUAGACCUUAGACAUAUGAUCACGUCGCCAAAGGACCCGCAGCAUCAACUCAUGCUUGACUCCUCGGACAUUGAAUCCACUUUGGAAAAGACCUGCAAACAGCGCGAGGUACAAAUCGCCGAUAUCUGCAUGAAGCAUGGAGUUUUGGUUGCACCAGGUCACGUGUAUGUGGCGGAGGAAUAUGGGUGGUUUCGGCUAACGUUCACAGUCGGCAAAGAUGCUUUGCAAGAAGGUCUGAAACGCUUUUUGGAGGCAUUGAAAGAGGCAGAAGCAUACACGCCGCAGGCCUGA